CAGAGUAACAGUUCUUUUAAAAUAUAUACAUCGAUGAUACGAGGUGGUGGGCGGUGGCGUUAGUAAACACCAAUACCAAUAGUUUGUUGACUUCGCAAUUUAGAUGUCGCAUUUCGAAAAAGGUCACAGACGGCAGCGGCAGUAUCGGAAGGGUCAUGAUUUUGAGAAGCAGAAGCAUAUUGUAGGAGCAAAAGGGCAGGAAGCAACUAAUGUCCUCAGUGAUGAUUCACCAGUGCUGGCUGCAUUUAAGCAGUAUGCUGCCGAGCUAGACACAAAACAUGACAAAUAUGAGGCCAUUGUGAAACUAGGCAGAGACAUUACAAUCGAAAGCAAGAGAAUUAUUUUUUUACUUCAUUCCGCUGACAGAGAGAGCAAGAAACAGUCUGUUCUUCAGGAAGCAGAAACACGAUUGCGCCAGCUGGAGGUAACACAGUUCAAAGCAAUUGCCAAGCAGUUGUUGGGAGAAGACCCGUAUCAGUUUCUUCGAGCAUACACGGCAGGUUUGCAGGAAUAUAUUGAAGCUCUAACAUUUUACUACUUCAUUAAGAUCAAUGAUCUGCAAUGUUGGAACCAUGUGCAAAGAAAUUUGGUGUUCUGUAGUGAUAAAGAAGCAGAAGAAACAAAAGGAUGUAAAGAAAAUGAAGAAAGCAAGACUGAAGACAGCUGUAAUAACAAGGAUAGUGCUGGUGACAGCAGUAACACUUCUCAUGACAAACAAAUAUGUCUAGUUCCACAGACUGAAUAUAUACUGGGGGUUGCUGAUCUCACAGGAGAAUUAAUGCGAAAGUGCAUUAAUAAUGUUGGACUGGGUUAUAUUGAAAGCUGUUUUCAGACAUGUGCUUUUGUGAAGGACAUUUAUACAGGAUUUUUGCGUAUAGGAAAUAUGGGUCCUAAGGAAUGUACAAGAAAGCUCUACACUUUACGACAAAGCUUGACCAAAAUGGAGACUGCUUGUUACACAAUACAUGUACGGGGGUCAGAGAUUCCAAAGCACAUGCUCGCUGAUGUUUUUAGUGGAACCCAGGAUGAUUUCAUUCAUGAAGAGGAUGAAGGGUUUUACUAGAUAUAGAAUAAAACAGACUGCCUUUGUAGUUUUCAUUACAGCUGAAACCAACAUUGAAAUGAAACUGUCUUUUCCAAAAUUGGAGAAAAAGUUUUCAGAAACCAUGUCUGCCUGUAUUAUUUGUCUCGCAAAAUAAAAUCUUAUAUGAUAUUGCUUUA